GGGGCGGGCCCGAGAUUGAGGAGCCGGCUGGCUGCGAGCUCCGCCUGAAUCUCAGUGCGUGCUCGACUGUCUGCCGGUUUCAUCAGUAUCCGCUUCCCCGAGCCUCUGCCCCGCCAUGGCCGCCUACAAGCUGGUGCUGAUCCGGCAUGGAGAGAGCGCCUGGAACCUGGAGAACCGCUUCAGCGGCUGGUACGACGCGGACCUGAGCCCUGCCGGGCACGAGGAGGCCAAGCGCGGCGGCCAAGCGCUGCGAGAUGCUGGCUAUGAAUUUGAUAUCUGCUUCACCUCUGUCCAGAAGAGAGCAAUUCGUACCCUUUGGACGGUACUAGAUGCCAUUGACCAGAUGUGGCUGCCUGUAGUGAGGACUUGGCGCCUCAAUGAGCGGCACUAUGGAGGUCUGACAGGUCUCAACAAAGCAGAGACAGCUGCUAAGCAUGGUGAGGCCCAGGUGAAGAUUUGGCGACGAUCCUAUGACAUCCCACCACCUCCAAUGGAGCCUGACCACCCCUUCUACAGCAACAUCAGCAAGGACCGUCGCUAUGCAGAUCUGACUGAGGAUCAGUUGCCAUCCUGUGAGAGCCUGAAAGACACCAUUGCCCGUGCUCUACCUUUCUGGAAUGAGGAAAUCGUCCCCCAGAUCAAGGAAGGAAAGCGUGUUCUAAUUGCAGCCCAUGGCAAUAGUCUUCGAGGGAUUGUCAAACAUCUUGAGAGUCUGUCUGAAGAAGCAAUCAUGGAGCUGAAUCUGCCCACUGGCAUCCCCAUCGUGUAUGAGUUGGACAAGAAUCUGAAACCCAUCAAGCCCAUGCAGUUCCUCGGGGAUGAAGAGACUGUGCGCAAAGCCAUGGAGGCUGUGGCAGCCCAAGGCAAGGCCAAGAAGUGAAAGCAGGCACCCUCAGAAUGUGCUAGCAGUAGCCAGGUCCUUCCCUUCUCACUAUCUCCACCACAUCUUUCCCCCGCCUGCUCCACACACUGACCAUCGCCUUAGGGAUCACAAUACUUAGCUGCGGGUGGGGGACUGAUGAUUCCUUUUCUGUUUCUCCUCCCUAUUUCAGACCAAUUCUUUUGCUCUUCUGUUGCCCUUCCCCUCAGCCACAUUAGUCAGAAUGCCUCCUGGGUGGUUUGGCUUAGUAAGAACCUGGUUAGGGAUUAGGGACGGAGACAUAGUAUGAAGUGACCAAUGUGGGGAGUUGAAAGAAGCAGUUGGUCCAGUUAUUCCUAUGAGCCAGUCCUGCCAGUAGGGCAGUUCUCUCAGGGGCUGUUGUAGGAAGCUGCCUAUAACCCAGGUGGUCAUUUAACGAAUCAUGAAAGUUUUAUUUGGAUGUUUCCUCCCUAAUCCAAGAAAAAUGGAUCUGGGAGGUUGACCUAAUGUUUACUUGUUGCAUUUGCUUUCACAAAAGACCCUUCUAGGCUGGUUAUUAAUGGCUUUUGAAAUUAAACUGUCCCACUUGGUAGUCAUGAGAGAUCUUAAGCAAGUCAGAGAAGGGAGAAUUCUUUGAUUUCUGAGGGGUGGAUGAGUAUAUCCCACUUGUUUUAUAGCCCCUGCUCUGUUCUGUGGCAGUGAAAUGCCCCUAGAUCAUGUUGAAAUGUGUCUCAGUGUCCCAUUGUUUUCCACCUUAUGUUCAGCCACCUGGGUCCUCUUCAGUUUUAGCAUAACUGGAUACUAACCCUGCCCUUCCCCCUGCCCCUUUUUUGUUGUUCACUAUAAUAAAGGAGUGAUGUGCAAUA